AUGUUCACAUGGACUCCACCCGCCCCCGCUCUCCGUCCUCCUGACCUCCGGCCCGCCAGCAGCAGCCCCGCGGCGCGACCCCGCCGCCCCUCCGUCGCCAGCCCCACCCGCCUGGCGUGCCUCGCCCUGCUCCUGCUGGCCGGCACGGCGCUCGGGGGGUGCCCGCCGGGGGGCACAGGAGGAGCCGGGGGGGCGCGCGAACCCCUGCGGGCGCUAGCCGCCGCCGCGGCGGGCGCCAACUGCUCCUGGACGCUGGAGAGGCACACCCGCAGCUACAACCACCUGGAGGGCGACGUGCGCCUGCGUCGCCUCUACUCCGCCAACAAGUUCUUCCUCUGCAUCGACAAGACGGGCAAGGUGGACGGCACGCGGCGGAAAAACUACGCCGACAGCCUGAUGGAAAUCCGAUCUGUCAGUGUGGGGGUUGUGGCCAUCAAGUCUGUCAACACCGGGCUGUACUUAGCCAUGUCCAAAAAGGGCACGCUGUUUGGAUCGGUGAAAUACAACCCGAGCUGCAAGUUCAAGGAGCGCAUCGAGGAGAACGGCUACAACACGUACGCCUCCCUGCGCUGGAAGCACGGCGGCCGGCAGAUGUUCGUCUCGCUGAACGGGCGUGGGAAACCGCGCCGGGGCCACAAAGCACGCCGAAGGCACCCAUCCACCCACUUCCUCCCCAUGCUGCCCUCAUAG